UGUUACUUGUACCCCCCUGCAAAUUUUGAGUAUGUCUCACCACGCUCAGCAUUAAGACUACAGUUUCUGUCGUUUGUAUCGAUCUGCUUAUUUGAGAUAAUUGGUUCAUCCACUGAGGAAGUGAGGUUCUCUAUCGAGCUAAAAAAACUCGCCAUCAACCCACAGACAUGCCUGUUUGAGUUUUGCGUCCUGAUCACACUUCGCUCUGCUUCGUCGUCUUGCGACGAAGUUUUCCUCGCGCACUGCAGAACAACCCUCCACCUACACACGAAAAAUGGAAGCUGACGAUCAAGAUACGGAAAUGGACCCGGCGCAGUUAAGUGGUGAAGAGGAGGGAAACGGAUCGGAAAAUGACAACGAGGCCGAGGACGACAACGAGUCGGAAAAUGAAAGUGACAACGGAAGCGAAGCAAACACCAGCUCGGACGAGGAAGAUAACAACGACAACUCCGAUGACAGCCAGCAAGAAAACGAUGGAAGUGGCGAGGAGUCUGAGGGCAGUAGUGUCAAGAGAAAGAAGAGAAGUCCCCUCUACCCCCUCAACGACGAUGUGAGUGAAGUUGGCCAAGCCAAGCUGGCCAAGAUGAAGAAGAUCGUCGGUCUCUUCGAAAACGUCGUGAAGAGCCAAUACCCCGGCACAUGCUUCGAAACCGGCAAACCGAGCAAGAAGCCGAAAGCAUGGCAGGAGGCAAUCAUGAAGGAGGUCAGACUGCUGGACUCGGAGCAGAUAAACAUGAAAACGAACCGCCACGGUUCGCUGCUGCAUUUGGCUGCAAAGCACAACUUUCCCGGGUUGUGUUCGUACUUGCUGGUAGAGCGGAACGAUUUUUACGAGUUUGCCGCGCGGGACGAACAUGGAAGGACGGCGAUACACGCCGCGUGCUUGGGGCGGAAGAAAACGGAGGUGAGGACUAGUUAUUGAGCUGUUUUUUUGUUCUGAUGCCCAUCUGAUGUAGUUACUGUGGCGGCGUUGCGCAAGAUGCAUCUUGUCUUCGCGGAAGAAAGCGUGAAGAUGCACGAACAAACUCAGCUGCAUUCUGAAACUCAAAACACCAGACACAUCGCAUGAACUAUUUUCGCGACGAUGAGCGGAUGGUGAGCGGGCCGGCUUUGGUCCCGUUGUUAAAGGAUGAACGCAUGAGGGCCCUGGCGCACGCGGCCUGCAACAAGGGCCGCACACCUUUGGUUGAGCUCUUUGAGGCCGCAAAUAGCGUGCUCGAACGCAAGCUACUCACUGGAAGAAGAGCAUUGCAUGCAAAUUGCUUAAUCUUCGCAAAAUUCAUGAGAAGACUUCAGAAAGAGUGCCUUCUCCGUCGGGAAAACCUCUGCCAUGAAAGUGCUUUUAUGCCUUUUGGACAGGAAAAAUGUGUCUGCGAUGGUGCUUUUCUUCCUACCGGAUACGGACAGCGAAAAGACGAUCUUGCCGACGACUGCAGGCCGAGUCACGGGUCUUUUCCUUGGUGCCACCUGGCUGACUAUGGGGCGCAGUACGCGUUAGAAGUCUGGUUCAAAUGCGAACUCGGUGCGGUUCCGACGCCAGUGCCGGUCGCGCGCCAAGUGUUCUUGCAAGUGAGUUUCCGCCUGUGCUGGGAUAACCCGCGGGCACUCCGUUACGGGACGGCGAAGCCCGACGCAAUGACGUGCUAUCCACUGCUGAGCUGCUUCUUGCAUUCUCUCGACGGAGGCGCACGGCGCUUCUUGUUGAGUGAAGAGAUUUUGGAACAAUGCAGCUACUUUUGUCCCGGCUAUUUCCGGAUUAAGAACGACCUGCUGCAGGUACUUAGUUUUCGUGCUUUCUGAUUAUAUUGAGAAAACAUGGACACCCGUCUACGUCUUACAUGUUGUUUCAGUUUUGUUUUAGUGUUUAUGUCGCGCCGUUCUGUAUCUUUUCUAUCUUUGAUCUGGUUCUUCUGGUGGUGAAGGAUGCAGGAGCAGCCAUGCUAUGGUGUCUGAAAAUGCUACAUCCAGAUUGCCUACGCCCCCACAAUUCUCUGCCUGCGGAAGUCGCUGAAUCUUCCGGAUUUGGUCAUCUCUUUGGUCAAGGAGUACCUGGGAUUCGACAGAGAAAACAUCGCUCGCGACGAGAAACGGCUGCUGAAGCUCGAGAAGAAAAAGGAGGAAGACCGGACGGACGAGGAGAAAACGCAGUUUCGCGUGCUGUGUAGCCGCCUACUCGACAGCGAAGAAGUAAUCGAGAAGAAACAGGAGCUCCUCAAGUUGAUUUUUAAAUUGAAACCGCAGCCGCUCGGUGGUUGGCCGAGGCCCAAGCCCGCUCCGGUUCCGGACCGGGUGAUCGAGUUGGCGCGUGAACUUUUCGGUGACAAGUGGAUGGAAAAACCGUAUCGAACGAUCCACGAAUCGCAUGAGCACUGUUCCUAUCCACUGCAAAGAUGUUUGAGCUUGGAACUUUCAUAGACCUUUUCGUAUUGUGCUGGGGACUCUGUUUGUCACCCACAGUGUGAGUGACAAGCAGAGUCUCCUCGGACAUGGCUUUUUUUGGCGUCCCGAAGUGUGACACCUCGGCGGGCCGAGUCUCCAGCCCCAAACGUAUUUGCAUUUCAUAGUUCGAGCUGGUGGUCGACGUCGCACUACGCAAUAAUCGAUCCCCAAGUGUGCCAAAUUCCGGGCGUGAUCCUGCGAACCAUGCGGCAGCUCAAGGAUGAUUAUUCGUCCUUUGGUGCGGGUAGCGAGAGCCGUAAAUGCGAAAUCUGGCCAGACGAUAUUGAUUGCGGGCAGAUGUGAUAAUUGCAGUGAUCGGUCCUUGUUUUGAAUUCUUUCCGUUUUACGUGCCGUCGACGAAGCUUGGCCGAUGUGAAUUCAUGCCGGUAUACCAUUAAUGAGUAAAGCUAAACUGUUUUUAUUCUUUUCGCAAUGAAGAUUAUCAUUGUUAUCAUCCGACCUUGGUGCCAAGACGGACAUGAAUCCUCUCAUGGCAGUGAAAGGCUUAAGCUGCUCAGUGGCUCUUUGAGCGUUAUCCCAAGAUCGCACGGCGACGGUUGUUGGCCCCGGGAAGGAAGAUCAUGGACGACGGUCUCGCAGUCUCC